CAGAAAAAUGGAGAGAGCACUUGGUGUAGAACUUGGACCUGAUAUUCUAAAGAAUAUCGUUCACCCAGGCAAAGGAAAUUUGUCUGAUUUUAGAGAUGGAACUAAGAUAUUUUUCUACUACAAAGUGUCAAAAUGCGACGAGGAUGGAACAGUUAUGGACGACAGUCGAGCCCAGAAGAAACCCAUGGAGCUCCUGACUGGGAAGCAAUUCAAGCUCGACGUCUGGGAGAAAUGUCUGAAGACUAUGAGGGAGGGAGAGAUUUCCGAGUUCACGGUCGCUCCAACACAACUCAACACAUUUGCCCCUGUCAUGCAAAAGCUGCGUGACAUCGCUAAGGGGAACGUCGGAAACCCAGAUGGCGGCCACUGCUGCGGCAUGGCACAAAUGAACAAGGUCGGCCUUGGCUACCCAGAUCUCGACUCCUUCUUAAAGGAGCCUGAGCCGUUGCGAUUCACCUUUGAAGUCGUCACAGUUGAGGAGGAGGGAGAGUUUAAGAAAGAAGCGUGGGCGAUGAAUGACAUGGAGAAGAAGGAUGCCCUCCCGGUACUCCGUGAAGAGGGGAAUCGUUUAUACAACAGCAAGGACUACAAGAUGGCCGCUGAGAAGUACGCCGAGGCGCUGGGGUGUCUGGAGAAUCUGUUGCUUCAUGAGCAACCCAACAGCAAAGAGUGGUUAGAAAUGGACACCCUGAGGAUACCGUUUCUUUUGAACUUUGCACAGUGUAAGCUGAUGCUGCAGGAAUACUACCAGGUCAUUGAGCACACGACAACUGUAUUGACUAGAGAUGAGAACAGCGUGAAAGCCUUGUACAGACGAGCUAAGGCUUACGCUGCCUGUUGGGAUUACAGCAAUGCUAGGAAGGACUUCAAACUAGCCCUCGAACACGAUGCUUCUCUUGGGGGCGCUGUUCGCAAGGAACUCCGCCUCCUGGACGAGGCUGAGAAGUUGAAGGAUGAAGAGGACAAGGUGACGAUGAAAGCAGUCUUUGAACGAUACAGCGAAUGAAUAACUUAUUUAUCAUCAUGUAGCAUCGAUGUUGCUGUAAAAAUAUGCUGUUUAACCCUUUUGAGACCAUAGCGGCUGCAAGCGGUUUGUACCAAGUGCAAUGGGGUCAAAGAAAAGGUUUGGGACUGAAUUUACAUUUUCCUAUGUUUCCCAGAUUUAAACAUAGAAUUUACAACUCAAGAGCAUAACUAUGUAAUUAUGUAUCUUAUUAAUUUUCCUGAUAUUUUACCUGAAAAUAGCAGUGCAAAAAUCAACAAGAUUAGCAUGUUGGGACGUAUGGGGAUGACAAUACAGAAAUAAAUGGUAUCUAAAGGGUUAAACCAUCUAAGACCACAGUGGUGGUAAACAACUCUAAAUAUAUUGCAUGACGGUGACAUGAGGGGCCACUUUUGUAUAGCUGUGAGCAGAGCUCAACCUGAAGGGUCGCCAGCUCGCCAAAUGUGAGUGAAAAGAGUUUUUACAGCUAUUUUAAACACUUUGAGGUGUAGUCCGUUGGAGCAGUAAAAAAUGUUUUAAAAGUCAAUAAAUAUGUGAAGGGUUUCACUUCAAAGAGCUUCUCAUGCAGGAAACAACAAGUUCAAAUUGAAGUACUUUCCACUAAAAA